UGUUAAGAUAAAUGUAUUAGGGACAUUAGUAAAGUUCAACCCGGAAGAAAAUGCCGGAAGUCUUGCGAAAUAGAUGAAGAAUGCAAGGGCGCUAAUAAAGGAUGUCAUUGUGACGAUGUUUGUGGAAUGUCAUGUUUUAACAUUGAUUCGGAAUGUCCAGAUCCAACAGAUUUUGAAAACGGAAAUGUUUUUGGUGAUAGUUAUGUAGUAGGAUCUACGAUCAAAUAUUCCUGUAAGGAAGGAUUUAUUUUGAGUGGAAAUGCAACAAGAUCCUGUCAUGCUGAUAGAAAAUGGAGUGGAAAACAGCCAGUUUGUGAAUUGGGUUGUUCUUCACCGUCCCGUGAUUUCACUUCAUUUCAUACGCUGGAAGGAACUGGAUUCCCAGUCGGAACAAAAACAACGUAUGAAUGUAGAUUUGGAUACAAGAUUUCAGGUAAUCCUGAAAUUGAAUGCCUAAAAAGUUACAAAUGGUCGGAGCCGGAUUUUGCUUGUAUAAAACUCAGUUGUGGAACUCCCACAACUCCUGCUAAUGGAUAUAUAGAGGGAACAGACUCCACUUUUGGAUCUUGGAUUACUUAUCAUUGCGAAAAAGGAUUUGUCAUUGAUGAUCCUCAAAAGACAAGACGAUAUUGCUCAAGUACUGGAACGUGGUCUUCAGAACCGAGAACCUGCAGCAAAAUCAAAUGUCCGGCACCAAUAAAGCCUGAAAAUGGAUUUGUCACAAGCCACGAUGCAGUAUACGAAUUCCGUUCAAUUGUAAAUUAUUAUUGCGAUCAGGGUUUUGAAUUAGUUGGGAGUUCAAAAGGAGAGUGCAAUGAAGAUGGUAAUUGGGGAGCAGUACCAACAUGCACGGUUGACGUGAACUGCAAUUUUGACGGAUUAUCAAAUGCUCUAUGUGGAUAUACAAAUGAAGGAACGGGCAUGUUCGAGCGACAUUUUAUUGAGGAAAAAACUCUAUCAGGGUAUCCAUCAUACGUAUUACGAGCAACAUCAAAGCCGGCGGUGCUUCUAUCUCCUGCGCUCCUAUCUGGAGAUCCAUACUGCUUUAAGUUUCAUUAUUACAUUCGACAAUUGACGGACAGCAGAAACUUUGUUAUAUCGUCGAGACGCGACGUCAUUGCAAAGAUAAGACCAAAGGAGAAGAAGAAUAGAUGGCUGAAUCAGCAAGUUACUGUUAUGCCUCAUGAAUUCUUUGAAUCCGUACAAUUCGAGAUAACCUUGAAAGGCAAAAACACAAAAAUAGAUUUGGAUGAUUUUUCUUUAGCCAAUGGAAAAUGUGAAAGCAGUUGUGGAGGAGAUACCUGUCUACACGAUGGGGUUUGCAUCGAUCGUAUUGGCACAUAUACUUGCAUCUGUACUCGUUAUUACAGAGGAGACAAUUGCGAGAUAGAAAUAUUAUGCCCACCAGUACCUGAAAUACCUUUUGGGAAAGCCAAGGUCAGUCCAGAUCCAAAUAAAUUAAGUGUUGGGACAAAGGUCAGAUAUACUUGUAACGAAGGUUAUCUGCAUGUGAGUGGUCCAAAGUCGAUUGUUUGCAAUAAUGAUGGAACUUGGUCAAUCAAGAAAAAUCCAGUUUGCCAAGAAAUACUUUGCCCGAGAGUUGGAAGACCGUCAGGUGGUUUAAUGACAAUUGAAUCUGUUGAUGGGAAUGAUGCAAAGAUGAGUAUUGGAACCAUCAUCAGAUUUACUUGCCCUGUUGAUAAAUAUCUCGAAGGCUCUGCGACGACGAUUGUGUGUCUCAGAAACGGGAAAUGGUCAGAUGGAAAUAGCGGAACAUGCAAAGAUAAGGAAGCUAAUUUUGAAGAAUGUCCAAAGCAGUAUAGAAAACGAGGGCCUAUCUGUUAUAAAGAAUAUAAGCGAAUUGCCACAUAUGCCGUUGCACAGUCGAAAUGUUCAAUCAAUGAUGCGAAGUUAACUACUAUUCAGAGUGAAGCUAAGCGAUUAGCGUUGGCUAACCUGCUUUCUCGUAAUAUCUUAUAUCACAUUGGAUUGGAUGACAUUGGACAGAAAACGAUAAAAUGGGCAAAUGGUGCAAGUUUUGUAAAGAUUGAAAGCGGCGAAUAUUCAGGAAAUUUCAAAUCAAGGGAAAAUGUUACCGACGAAGCAAGAUGUGGUACAUUUUUAGGAGACAUUCAACGCUCUGAAAUAUCGGUAUCAACUUGCGAGUGGCGUCGGAGAUAUAUGUGCGAAAUUCUUCCAAUGUCGGUAACAGCAGUAUCUGUUACAUCCAAUAACGAGAGAUUGACUGAUGUUGUGGGUGUUUACCGCCCCCUCAUUGGCGUUAUACACGCGGAUAGUCUGGUGUAUAAAAAAGAUUCAUCCCCGAUUGUAUAUUUGUACAGGUGGACAAGAUACGACUGGUCAGGAUGGACGAUCGGGGACUUUGACAUACAAGUCGGAGGUCCAAUACCUAAAAGAGAUGUUGUUAAAGUCAUGACAGAUAACACUUUACCUCAGUUUUUUAAUGAACAAUGGCUAAGGGGAUCAAUGUUUCAGGAAUUAGAAGGAUCCAAUAUUUCGGUUGAAGUAAGAACAUAUGACCAAUGGGAAAAGUGGACAAAUUGGAGUCCAUGCACCCGGACAUGUGGUGGCGGCGACUCUCUCCGAACCAGAAACUGUGCACAACCUGGUGGAGCACGUGGGCAUGGUGACUGCAGAGGCUUGUAUUUGGAAAACAAAACAUGCGGCCAAAAGCAAUGCAUUAUAACUCGAUGGCAAAGAUGGAGUCCGUGGAGUAAUUGCUCAAGCCCUUGUGGUACAGGUGAACAGUCAAGAAAUAGAACUUGUAUCAAAGAUCCUUUAAGUUCAGACGAAUGCGAUGGCCCUAGCGAAGAAAAUAGGAAAUGCAAUGAACAAGACUGUAUCUCACCAACAUCCGAAUGGUUCCGAAGCGACAGACUUGAAUAUAAAAUUGUUCACCAAUCUAGCUCCAACUUCAUUGCUAAAGAAGAUUGCGAGAAUGUUGGUGGAAAAUUGGCCAAAGUCAAUAGCAUCGAUUUACUGCGAACGAUAUAUGCGCAAAUUAUUAAUGUUCACUGUGGUAGCAGUGUAGCAUUUUUCGAAUGGAACUUAUGGGCAAUUUAUAGAAAUCUAUCAAAUAUUGGCAGAGACCAAAAUCUAAACUCUUCCACUGUAAGUGACAUUAAAAAGUCUGAAAUAGUGCCAGAUAGCGAGUGUCAUACCAUGCGCCAUAUUUGUAAUGAACCAGGAAUAAGUUGGAUGAAAAAGGAUUGUAAAACAUAUGAAGCAACAGGAUAUGUCUGCCAAAGAGUCAUUUUGACAGAAUGGAAACCCUGCAACCACAAUCCUUGCAAUACUGGUAACUGCACAAAUUUGGGCGGGGAGAAAUAUGAAUGUACAUGUAGUGAACAUUUUGAAGGAAAAAAUUGUGAAACUGCUUUACAGUGCAAUAUUGAAGAAAUGGUCAGAAAGUACAACGUUUCGUAUGCUUCCACAAUGCUGCCCGUUGAUGAUACAUAUGUAUGGAAAGAUGUUGAAAUUCAAAUGACAUGCAAGAGAGAGGGGCAGGCUACAAUAGAUAAUCAAGUCUUCAAAUGCAUUGGCUUGAAUACAUGGAACGUUAAACGAUCACCUGCUAUAGAUUGUGGUAACACAUGUGUGCUCCCGGAACUUGGAUCCAAUAUAGUUGCAAAGCACGAAGGCGAAGAAGUCUUGCCCGGUGCUGAAUUUGCACCGGGAGUACUACUCGUAUUCGAAUGCCCAAAGAUGAUGAGGAUAGUCGGAGAACCUUUAGCAGCGUGCGAUGAAGAUGGAUGGGAUGUGACAUUGCCGGACGAAUGCGAAUUUACCUUUCCUUGUAAAAAGAUUUCUGAACCCUCAAAUGGAAAACUAGAAAUACAUCCGAAAUUUCAAGAGGAUGUACUCAAAACAGGAACAAAGGCCACUUUAAUAUGUGAUUCAGGAUUUGUGAUAUGGGGAGAGGAAAUUAUAACGUGUAACAAAAAUGGCCACUGGAGCAAUGAAAUUGGUGAAUGCCAAAACGUUCCCGGAUGUGAAAUAAAACUUGAUGAACUACAAGCAUCUGUAACUGCUUUUGAUCUUAGUGGAAAAAUCACCAAAAAUACUCUUUUCCGCGUAGGACAAACAAUUUACUUACGCUGUGUGGCUAAAGGCAGAAAAGCAACAAUUAAAGCAAUAAAAUGUGCCAAGAACAGAGAAUGGAGUACAGAAAUUUCAACCUAUUGUAGCUAAAAAAUAUAAUGCAUUUUUCUCAUGACUUUGAACUGUUUAAAUAAGUUAAUUUCAGUUUAAAAAGGUAUUAUUCUGAAAUAAAUAUAAAACACGAGAACAUACAAAGUAGAUUAUAUUUUUGUCAGAACUGGUAAUUAUCUAAGCACUGGAAACAUUCUGUAUCAAAAUGAACUCAGAAACUAUUCAUGCAAAUGCGGAAGACGCAGAGCUAUAAAAUUCAUGGCUCAAUUUUUGUAAAACAAUUUAUAUACAAAUAUCAGUAUUGAGAAUAGCCAUAAGAUGAUGCAAAAUCAACGAAGAUAUCAAAAAGUAAUCAUAUUGUAAUUACGCUUUCAGUGUUGCGUUUGUAAAUUGCUUUCACUUGUUAUCUACACAUAUAUUUAUACAUGAAUAUUAUAUAUACAUUAAAAUGA